AUGGUGGAGGUCGGCCUGAAGGGCUGGCUGCUCUGGGCUCUGCUCCUGAAGUCGGCCCAGAGCGAGCUGUACACGCCCAUACACCGGCCCGGAUACUGCGCCUUCUACGACGAGUGCGGGAAGAACCCGGAGCUGUCUGGAAGCCUGGCUUCACUGACCAACGUGUCCUGCCUGGACAACACGCCUGCUCGCCACGUCACGGGUGACCACCUGACCCUCCUGCAGAGCAUCUGUCCCCGCCUCUACACCGGCCCCAACACCACCUACGCCUGCUGCUCCCCGAAACAGCUGGUGGCCCUGGACGUGAGCCUGAGGGUCACCAAGGCCCUCCUCACCCGCUGCCCUGCCUGCUCUGACAACUUCGUGAGCCUGCAUUGUCACAACACCUGCAGCUCCAACCAGAGCCUCUUCAUCAACGUGACCCGAGUGGCCGGGCAGGGGGGCAGCCAGCCCCGGGCGGUGGUGGCCUAUGAGGCCUACUACCAGCGCAGCUUCGCCGAGCGGACCUACGACUCCUGCAGCCGGGUGCGCAUCCCUGCGGCCGCCACGUUGGUGGUGGGCUCCAUGUGCGGUGUCUACGGCUCUGCCCUCUGCAAUGCCCAGCGCUGGCUCAAUUUCCAGGGGGACACGGGGAACGGCUUGGCACCCCUGGACAUCACCUUUCAUCUGUGGGAGCCUAGCCAGGCCGAGGGCAGCGUGAUGCAACCUCUGAACGGUGAGGUCGUGCCCUGCAACCGGUCCCUGGGCUACGGCGCGUCGGCCUGCUCCUGCCAGGACUGCACUGCUUCCUGCCCCGUCAUCGCCCGGCCCCCAGCCCUGGACCCCACCUUCUACCUGGGCCGCAUGGUAGGGAGCCUGGCCCUCAUCCUCAUCCUCGGCUCUCUCUUCGUCUCGCUCACCGCCUUCCUCCUGUGGUCCCGCCUGGCCAAGCGGGGCCAACGCAAGACGCGCAGCCCCGAGGCGAGCAUCGGCCUCGCCCACCGGCUCAGCCUCUCCACCCACACCGUCCUCAGCCAGUGCUUCCAGUGCUGGGGCACGUGGGUGGCCUCGUGGCCAGUGACCAUCCUGGUGGUGUCCACUGUUGUGGUGGUGCCCAUGGCAGGGGGCCUGGCUUUUCUAGAACUGACCACAGACCCCGUGGAGCUGUGGUCAGCCCCCAGCAGCCAAGCCCGAAGUGAGAAGGCAUUCCACGACAAGCAUUUUGGCCCCUUCUUCCGAACCAACCAGGUGAUCUUGACGGCACCUGGCCGGCCCCGCUACAGGUAUGACUCCCUGCUGCUGGGGCCCAAGAACUUCAGUGGGAUCCUGUCCUCUGACCUGCUGCUGGAGGUGCUGGAGCUGCAGGAGAGGCUGCGGCGCCUGCAGGUGUGGUCGCCAGAGGAGCAGCGAAACGUCUCCCUGCAGGACACCUGCUACGCCCCCCUCAACCCGCACAACGCCAGUCUCUCCGACUGCAGCGUCAACAGCCUCCUGCAGUAUUUCCAGAACAACCGCACGCGCUUGCUGCUCACGGCCAACCAGACGCUGUCGGGGCAGACCUCCCAGGUGGACUGGAAGGACCACUUUCUCUACUGCGCCAACGCCCCCCUCACCUACAAAGAUGGCACGGCCCUGGCCCUGAGCUGCAUGGCUGACUACGGGGCGCCCGUCUUCCCUUUCCUCGCUGUGGGGGGCUACAAAGGGAAGGACUAUUCUGAGGCGGAGGCCCUGAUCAUGACCUUCCCCCUCAACAAUUACCCUCCUGGGGACCCCCGCCUGGCCCAGGCUAAGCUCUGGGAGGGGGCCUUCUUAGAGGAGAUGCGAGCCUUCCAGCGUCGGACGGCUGGUGUGUUCCAGGUCACAUUCAUGGCGGAGCGCUCCCUGGAGGAUGAGAUCAACAGCACAACAGCCGAGGACCUGCCCAUCUUCGCUGUCAGCUACCUCGUCAUCUUCUUGUACAUCUCCCUGGCCCUGGGCAGCUACUCCAGCUGGCGCCGAGUACUGGUGGACUCCAAGGCCACGCUGGGCCUGGGCGGGGUGGCUGUGGUGCUGGGAGCAGUCAUGGCUUCCAUGGGCUUCUUAUCCUACCUGGGUGUCCCCUCCUCACUGGUGAUCCUGCAAGUGGUACCAUUCCUGGUGCUCGCCGUGGGGGCCGACAACAUCUUCAUCUUCGUUCUCGAGUACCAGAGACUGCCACGGAGGCCUGGGGAGGGACGGGAGGCCCACAUCGGCCGAGCCCUGGGCAGAGUGGCCCCCAGCAUGCUGCUCUGCAGCCUCUCCGAGGCCAUCUGCUUCUUCCUAGGAGCUCUGACCCCCAUGCCAGCUGUGCGGACCUUUGCCCUGACCUCCGGCUUUGCGUUGCUUCUCGACUUCCUGCUGCAGAUGUCAGCCUUCGUGGCCCUGCUCUCCCUUGACAGCAGAAGGCAGGAGGCCUCCCGGCUGGACGUCUGCUGCUGCAAGAGCGCCCAGGAGCUGCCCCCGCCUAGCCAGGACGAGGGGCUACUGCUCCGAUGCUUCCGCAAGUUCUACGUCCCGUUCCUGCUGCACCGGUUCACCCGUGUGGUCGUGCUGCUGCUCUUCCUGGCCAUGUUUGGAGCAAGUCUCUAUUUCAUGUGCUACGUCAAAGUGGGGCUGGACCAGGAGCUGGCCCUGCCCAAGGACUCGUACCUGCUUGACUAUUUCCUCUUUCUGAACCGCUACUUUGAGGUGGGGGUCCCAGUCUACUUUGUAACCACUGGGGGCUACAACUUCUCCAGUGAGGCAGGUUUGAAUGCCAUCUGCUCCAGCGCAGGCUGCAACAACUUCUCCUUAACCCAGAAGAUCCAGUACGCCGCCGAGUUCCCUGAUGAGUCUUACCUGGCCAUCCCUGCCUCCUCCUGGGUGGACGACUUCAUUGACUGGCUGUCCUCACCUUCCUGCUGCCGCCUUUAUGUCUUUGGCCCCAAUAAAGAUGAGUUCUGCCCCUCGACUGUCAACUCCCUGGCCUGCUUGAAGAACUGCAUGAGACACACAGCAGGGUCUGUCCGGCCAUCCGUGGAGCAGUUCCACAAGUAUCUUCCCUGGUUCCUGAAAGAUGAGCCCAACAUCAAAUGUCCCAAAGGCGGCCUGGCAGCGUACAGCACCUCCGUGAAUUUGGGCCCAGAUGGGCAGGUCUUAGCCUCGCGGUUCAUGGCCUACCACAAGCCGCUGAAGAACUCUCAGGAUUACACGGAGGCUCUGCGGGCAGCUCGGGCGCUGGCAGCCAACAUCACCGCCGACCUGCGGAAGGUGCCGGGCACCGACCCAGACUUCGAGGUCUUCCCUUACACGAUCACCAACGUGUUCUAUGAGCAGUACCUGACCGUGGUCCCUGAGGGGCUCUUCAUGCUCACCGUCUGCCUGCUGCCCACCUUCGCUGUCUGCUGCUUCCUGCUGGGCAUGGACAUCUGCUCCGGCCUCCUCAACCUGUUCUCCAUCAUCAUGAUCCUGGUGGACACUGUGGGCUUCAUGACCCUGUGGGAUAUCAGCUACAAUGCUGUGUCCCUCAUCAACCUGGUCACGGCGGUGGGCAUCUCUGUGGAGUUCGUGUCCCAUAUCACCCGCUCCUUUGCCAUCAGCACCAAGCCCACGCGGCUUGAGAGGGCCAAGGAGGCCACCAUCUCCAUGGGCAGCGCGGUGUUCGCAGGAGUGGCCAUGACCAACCUGCCCGGCAUCCUCGUCCUGGGCCUGGCCAAGGCGCAACUCAUCCAGAUCUUCUUCUUCCGCCUCAACCUCCUCAUCACUGUGCUGGGCCUGCUGCAUGGCCUGGUCUUCCUGCCGGUCGUCCUCAGCUACCUGGGGCCUGAUGUCAACCCAGCUCUGGUGCAGCUGCAGAAGCAGGAGGAGGAGGUGACUGCAGCCAAGGCGGCCUCCUGGUCAAAGCGCCCUGCCCCGACGAGCACGGCCAACAGUGUCCAUGUCAACUACGGCUUUGAAUGUCCUGACAAGAGCGAGGGUGGCCUGGGUAGCUCUCCGCCUCACAAUAGGCAGAAGCUCUGA